AAGUUUAUGUUAAAACAAAACAAAAUAGACAAAGUCAAAGUUUAUCUCGCAACAAAACUUAGAAAGCUACAAAUCUUGAUCAGAAAAUUUCUUAAAGAUUUUAUUACAAUUUGCCAAUUUAUACCAUACUUGAAAUGUCCAACACAGAACUAAAGCAAAAGCAUAUCUUCUUUUUGUGUGACGACAAAGAUAGUUACAGUUUGGAAACUGUCAAAAGACUUAAAAGUGAAUUGAACGAUAGAAGGAUUCGAGUGUACUAUUCACAAGAAAAUGACAAUGUUAACACCGAUAUUGCUCAAGGUGUUGAAAAUGCAGGUUUAGUUCUUGUUUUUGCUUCUCCUUUUUUGGAAUCUUCAAAAAAAGGUUCAAAAAUUCUAAAUUAUGCUGACCAAAUAAAGAUUCCAGUUUUAAACGUAAAACAUUUUCACGGAUUUCAGCCAAAAAACUGGCUCGGUGCAAUUUUAGCUGCUGCAAAAAAUGUUACGGCAGAUGUGGAGGAUAUACUAAAAACUGUUUCUUUGUUGGAAAUUAUAGAAACCACUAUCACACUUAAAGAGAACGAAAAAAAUGAACCUCACCCAGUUGAAACACCAUUGUUUACUGGUGGUACCAAUCUUGGAAAUAUGACAGCAUAUUAUUUUCAAUACGAAAAAAAAAAUCCAAUUGAUUUUGAGUUUUUAGAGUUACAUAACGGCAAAGUGCUUGGUCAAGGUGAUGAUGUUAUUGGUUCGUUCACUGUUGCAGGUACUUAUACUAUCAAAAAUCACAAAGGAGUUUUAAAAAUGGAAAAAAAAUACCUCGGUAAACAUACGGUUUUUUACAAUGGAAAUAUUGUCCGUAAAGGAGAUGAGUACGAGGUAACCGGAUUAUGGACUAUUAAUAAAUUAUAUGGAGAUUUUAUCAUGAGUUUAUUUCCAAAUAUAAAAAUUCAUCAAAAAAAUGACAGCGAAGCAAACAAAUUUACAAGUCAUAAAAAAAAAGUAAUGUUGUCAUUUGCAAAUAACCAAAAAAAUAUUGCUGAGUUGGUGAGCAAAAAGUUAGAUAAACAUGGAAUUCAAAUAACUUAUGAGAUUCAUGACAAACAUAAAAUGAUCAAACUUGCCGCCAAAGAGGCAAGAGUUGUAGUUCCUUUUAUGAGCUUAAGUUACGAGGAAUCUACUGAACUCAAACAAUUUCUUUCUUACGUAGAUCAAGUUGGAAUUCCAAUAGUACCUGUAAAAGCACAACCACAUCCUUAUAAUCAAAGUGGGUGGCUCGGGGUUAUAUGUGCUGGUGCUUUAUGGACACAAUUAACCAAUUUUGAAGAGAUUGAAACAAGAACAAUUAAUUUAAUUGAACAAAUGCAACCAUAUUUAAAAGACGCCGAGGAUGAUCAAGGUCACAGAAGUUCAGUUGAUGUUUCUGGAAAAGCAACAGGUUAUUAUGUUCAAAACGGUAAAAAAUUUGAAAUGAGCUUUGAUAUGCUUGCAUUUAUUGAAGGACGUAUUGCAGGUCAAGGAGAUGAUAAAACUGGAAGCUUUGUAAUUCAUGGUGAGUACAAUGACGAUGCUUCAGACGCUAACGGAAGCAGCUCAUUUACAUUUAAAAAACAUUAUAUUGGGAAACACGAUGUUCAUUACUCAGGGAUAAUGAAGAAAACUGAAACAGAAUAUUCUUUAGAUGGACACUGGAUGAUUAAUCAUUUAAGCGAUCCUUUUCAUAUUGAGGUCUCACGCACGCAAACAUCAGUCCCUAAAGGCUUUCAUGUUAUGUUGAGUUACCAAUGGAAUAACCAAGAAAUAGUUAAACGUGUUGCCAAUAUUCUAAAAGAAAGAAAUAUACCUAUAUGGUUUGAUAUUGCAGGUGAUAUGAAAGGAAACAUAAAUGCUGCUAUGGCGAACGGCGUUGAAAAUGCUGCAUUAGUUUUGAGCUUUAAUACUACAGCAUACAGUAAAAGUGUCAAUUGUCAAAAGGAGUUAACUUACGCCACUCAAUUAAAUAAACCAAUACUUCCUGUACUUCUGGAAGAUAUUAAAAAUUUUGAGGACACUUGGCUCGGUCAGAUUAUUACUUCUUUAAACAAAAUUGAUUUAAAAAAUACAGACCAAUUUGAAACAAUGGUUGAUAGUUUUGUCAAAGAAAUUGAUAGCAUUUUAAAAAAGGAGCCCAUUGGUAUAGUUCAAAAAUCUGAAGUAAAAACUAUAUUUGAAGGUGGAAGUGUAAAGGGAUUAUACUACCAGUAUAAUAAGCCACAUGAAAUGGUAUUUGAAUUUUUUAGAAUGAGCAAAGGUAAUGUUUCUGGUCAAGGUAGUGACAAAACCGGUCAUUUUACAAUGGCUGGAAUAUAUGACAAUGAUGGAAAUAUUUCUUUUAAAAAACAGUAUAUUGGGAAACAUGCUGUAGAGUAUGUUGGUAGUUUUAUUAAAUUAACAGAAGGCUUUGAAAUUAAUGGGAAAUGGAUAAUUCGUGAUUGUUUGACAGACAAGUUUAUUUUAAAAGGUUCAGCAUAAACUUUUAUUGUUACUAUAUGCUUAUGAAGUUUUUUUAAUAAUGACACAUAAAUUUU